GCGCAGCGGGGCGGGGCGGGGCCAGCCCAGGGGGAGGGGCGGCCCCAGCGGCAGCGCGGCAGAGGGAGGCGAGCGCGGCGGCGAGCAGGUACUGUUCUCGAGAAGAAGAGAGAGCAUGGCUUACACAGUGCAAGAACUUUUUAACUCCUGGACUGAAAACUGAGGAUUUUUUAAUGAAGAAUGGCAACACCAUACGUUCCUGUUCCUAUUCCUAUUGGAAGUUCAUCGUCCAGCUUUACAAACAGAAACCAAAGAAGUCCAUCUUUUGGGAGCAUCUCAACAAGUUCCAGCUCUUCCAAAGGACAGUUGGAGGACUCCACGAUUGGUAGUUUUAAAAAGAUGAGCAUACCUGACCAAACUGAUUCUACAUCAUCUUUGUGCAGUAGUCCACUUGUUAGGACUAAAUUUACAGGCGUGGAUACAUCCAUAGAAUACUGUAGUCAGCCUGUAGAAGAAGUAGAGAACGCAGAUUCCAGGAGCUGGGAAGAUCGACCAUCCACACCUACUAUACUGGGUUAUGAGGUGAUGGAGGAGAGGGCAAAAUUCACGGUAUACAAAAUACUGGUAAAAAGAAGUCCAGAGGAAAGUUGGGUGGUUUUCAGGCGGUACACUGACUUCUCCAGGCUUAAUGACAAGCUAAAAGAUAUGUUCCCGGGCUUUCGGUUGGCCCUUCCACCAAAGCGCUGGUUCAAGGAUAAUUACAAUCCUGACUUCUUGGAGGAUCGACAGCUGGGACUGCAAGCAUUUCUCCAGAACCUAGUAGCUCACAAAGAUAUUGCUAACUGUCUUGCAGUGAGAGAAUUUCUUUGUCUGGAUGAUCCUCCGGGUCCUUUUGACAGCCUAGAAGAAAGUAGGGCUUUCUGUGAAACUCUGGAGGAAACAAAUUACCGUCUGCAGAAAGAACUGCUGGAGAAACAAAGGGAGGUCGAAUCUCUGAAGAAAUUGUUGAGUGAAAAGCAACUUCAUAUAGAUGCUGUUGAAAGAAGAGUUAGGGAUCUAUCUGUAGGAAAAAUGACUCGUCAAAUGUCAGGAGAAGAAAGUGAGUGCAGUGGUGAGGUGGAGUCUUCUGCAGUGGAAGCAGACCAGGGUACCCUGGGUGAGGACAGCAGCUCAGACAAAGAGAGCCAUGAGGCUUGCUGGAGUGGCUCUUUGGCCGAAAAUUCUGUCCCAGAAAUUGAAGUUGCCGAAGUGGCCUAUACUGCUGAUGAAGAAGAGUAGAUCAGUAGCAACUGCUCUGACCUGGGAAGGGUUCAUCUUUGGAACACACUCUUGGAGUAGGGGCGUAGAGUAGCUGUGAAGAACUUACAGCAAAGAGCAAGAAUGCACAUCUUGGAAUGUUUACAUGAAUCCUUAUAAAUUGUUAAUGUAAGAAGUAUACUCCGUGCUGCUUUGAUUUCAGGUUUUUAUCUAGCCUUUAUAUAUUUAAUAUAUUACAAUCUAAUAAGGGCUAAAAUCAGCUGAAGUUCUGGUAGUGUAUAUACACCAUUUGGCUGAGGAAAGCUUCACAUUACAUCACCAAACCCAUAUAACUAGCAUGUCCUAAGUUGCCACUGAUGUGACACAUCUGAAGUGUCCAUCUAUUUGGUAUGUGUGUUUUCUUAUUCAUACAGCCAUAAAUUGAUGCCUGCUGCAGUAAGAAUGGAUUCAGCCUACAUUUAACAAGAGUGUAGAAUAUGUUGGUUUUAAAUUCGAAACCUGAAGGUUAUUUCUCUGGAAAUUUUAAAGCAACACAAUAGGAAAACUUACAGUACCAAGAGAGAAGUACUUAAGAAAUGGGACUAGAGUUGGACAUUCUUUUUAAAAUGGUCAUUUUGCUGAAGGAACUGAUCUGAGACCCCCAAAACACUGUGUAUUUUCAUCCCAAGACAGCAUGCUGUAUACUUUUUGUUUGGUACUGCUGCUUUGAAAGCCUGGGAUACCCUGUGCUAUGUACCCACCUAACAACACCACUGGUGAGUUUGCCUUUGACUUGGAACACUACCUCUGACCAUCCUGCUAAGGCGUUCAUGUUUCUUUAAUGCUAGUCCAGAUGACGUGGAGGUUAUUGAAAGACUUGUAAAGAAGCCAUAUUUUUUCCUGCACAGUUCAUGACUAGAUGGAAUCUAGUUGCAAUGUAUUUUUGUUUCAGUAUCUUGCACAUGUGGAGAUUUUGCUACAUGUGUUCUGUAGCCUGUUUUUCAAAAUGUAUUAAGACAGGAGAUGCACUUUAUAAUUAAUACUCCAUUGUGCCAAGCUCAGUUGGCUAAUUGGUUGAGAAAGGGGAGUUGCAGGGAGAGGGUGAUGUAGUGCCUUUUCUAUUUUACUUGUUCAUUACUGCAGCGUUUUGUUACAGUGCUCUGUGGAAUCUUUGAUACAACUUGUUUCUGUUCUUUACUGAUUUACUGAAAGUGCCUUGUUUCAUUCUGCUUUUCCAAUAGGAAGAAUGUUGGUUUGUUUGACUCUUUUCUUUCCCCCUAUACCACCCACAGCGUUGUUUCAUGUUGUCAAUAUGCAGUGUCUUUGUGCUGGAGUUUUCAAAGGGAGCUUUGUACUUCAGGCUGUGCAUACAAUGACCUUUAUGCAGAACCCUGUAAACCUUCCUGGUGAAAUAAACCUCUGGAAAAAAAACACCUGUCUGUCUUUUUUUUUU